CGUCAGUUCCGGGCGAGAGUAUCGCUGGCGUCUACGUGUGACUGCCACUUUUCCCUGUGUCUCCUGUGUGACUAUCUGGCCGCUCUUUGUUGUUUGUUGUGGCUGCACCGCCGCGGCUGUACUCCGCUCUGCCUUCCCGCCAACUGGAAGUGGCUGCACCGCCGCGGCUGUACUCCGCUCUGCCUUCCCGCCAACUGGAAGUGGCUGUACUCCGCUCUGCCUUCCCGCCAACUGGAAGUGGCUGCACCGCCGCGGCUGUACUCCGCUCUGCCUUCCCGCCAACUGGAAGUGGCUGCACCGCCGCGGCUGUACUCCGCUCUGCCUUCCCGCCAACUGGAGGUGGCUGCACCGCCGCGGCUGUACUCCGCUCUGCCUUCCCGCCAACUGGAGGUGGCUGCACCGCCGCGGCUGUACUCCGCUCUGCCUUCCCGCCAACUGGAGGUGGCUGCACCGCCGCGGCUGUACUCCGCUCUGCCUUCCCGCCAACUGGAGGUGGCUGCACCGCCGCGGCUGUACUCCGCUCUGCCUUCCCGCCAACUGGAGGUGGCUGCACCGCCGCGGCUGUACUCCGCUCUGCCUUCCCGCCAACUGGAGGUGGCUGCACCGCCGCGGCUGUACUCUGCUCUGCCUUCCCGCCAACUGGACGUUCUGCUCGGAAUACCGAUUAAAUGUGGCUACUUAACAGCUGUGAUCCUGCACUACACGACACGACAACUGAGUUUUCCCCCUUUAGAACACUGAGGCCCCUCUCCCUCCCUGAAGGUGGAUCCGUCCAACAGGGACAAGAAGCCUCGGUCCCCUUUACCUCCCAUUUGCCCUCAUCCCCUACUACACAGGACAUCAAGGUACUUCCAGAAAGCUUUUGAAGUGACGCUACCACUAAUAGAGCCUUUGCCCUACCUACUGUCAUCGCAGUCAGCGAUGAUUAGCAUGAACGACGGAGUUGACUCACAAAACAGUUGGGCAGGCACUCUCAGCGGAUCUACGGAAGAAGCUCAAUUGUGCUCGACAAGGUGCCUGAGGGCAAGGGGCGUGACGGUUAAAGAGGGGCCGUCCAUCACCGGGAGUUCUAGAGAGACCGGAAAAGAGAAAGAGAGAGGGAGAGAGAGCUGCGGCGCUGAAGAGGACGGACGGACGGGUUAGGCCCGCAGCAGGACGAUGGAGGAGCGCAAACUUGCAGUGACGAGUCAUCCUUUCAGCGUGGAGUCGCUCAUGGCCAGCGACAAAAGCGCCAAGGAGGGCCGCCAGAGUCCCGGAGAAGUGUCUUGGGCGACUGCGAAAGCUCAGCUGACGUCGUACCGAAGCGAGGACACUUGCAGUCCGGAAGAAAGUCGAAAGCACUUUAUCCAGACUUCGCCGGUGAAGUCGGAAUCCCCAGAGCCGGAGGACUGCGCGGCUUGGGUUAUGAACUCCAGAUUCUCUCAGUCACGCCACGUGAGUCCACCCUGUGCCCUCCGCAAGCACAAGACUAACCGCAAGCCGCGCACCCCCUUCACCACCUCGCAGCUCCUGGCUUUGGAGCGCAAGUUCCGGCAGAAGCAGUACUUGUCCAUCGCUGAGCGCGCUGAAUUCUCCAACUCCCUCACUCUCACAGAGACACAGGUCAAGAUCUGGUUCCAGAACCGGCGGGCCAAGGCCAAGCGGCUGCAGGAAGCCGAGCUGGAGAAGCUGAAGCUGGCCACUAAACCGGCGCUGCUUCCAGGCUUCCCCCUGCCCCUCCCCCUCGGUUCGCAGUUCCAUUCAGCUGUGUCGCUCUACGGACCCUCAUACCCUUACCAGAGGCCUCUGCUGUCCGUCCCUCCCGUCGGGCUGUAUGGGACGCCACUGGCCUACGGCAUGUAUCACCUGGCGUGAGAGGGUUCGGCGUGGACUGGACUUUGGAAAUAAAGUGAAUGGAAAGACAGUAUGUGUGGAAAGACAGUGUUUACCUGCAUGGAUGCAGCCAGAAAUAGCAAAAAUAGUGUGUGAUGCUAAACAAAUGUUUAUGCACAAACCUCAGAGUGCCUGAUAUGGAUAUUCCUGAUAUUCCUUUCAUCCACCAGUGAUGCAGAGAUUAAUGUCAUUAUUUUGACGAUGAAUGCAUCCAUUGUCUAGUUUUGUGUAUAUAUGUACGUAUGUGAGAGUGAAUGUGUGGCACACUAUGCCCUUCUUAUUCGCCCUAAUGUAAUAUAUUGUAAUACUAAUUAUUUCUUUGUGCACAAUAUUGACUUAUUGGUUCAGAGAAAUUCCAUUGCAGCAAGUGUUGAUGUACGUCUGCUGGAUAAAAAAAUGCUCAGACGAAAUCACGCUUAAUUGGAAUUGACCUUCAUUCUCGUUCAUUUCGUGGUACUAACAGAUGAUUUUCUUAGAAUUUUAUUAUACCUCAGCAUGCAAAAAUGGCAGGAUAAUUGUCACAUUAUGUUUUUUUCAAAUAUAAUCUAGCCCCUUUGUGCUAGACUGUAAAACAUUAACUUAUUUUCCCUCCAGACUCCUACCAGUUUUGCUCCCCACUCGCUGUUGAAAGCCAAAUGUCCAGAGACACGACUUUGUGGCUGAAAUGUGGAAGUUCUAUUUUUGUAUCCUGCUUUGCCUAUGCAUAUAUUUCCUCAGAUCCCUUUGAAAGGGGUCACUUUGUACAAAUAAUAUGUAAAACAAAUUCUCAAGGGUAUUUUUCUUUUAUGAAUGGAGAAUAAACCUAUUACUUAUUGUUUGUUACAACAUAGUUAAACAAAUUUCUUAUUUCACUCAA